AUGCGCGUUGUUGGAGUGCUACUUACUGUUGUUGCCUACAUAUUAGCAGUUGAGGUUAUCAACGAUACGGCAGCACCGAAUAUGCCGUUUGCUUUGGUGUACAAUUUCAAUAGGACAGUUGAGUCAGUUACCCUGGGAGGUAUUUCUGUCUCAACUGGUUCCCCAUCUAAUCCCUGUCAGCCUGGAAAAUCCUGCUGGCAACCUCUGACAGCCAGAGAGUACUCAGUGUUGUGGUACUCGCCAGAUGCCGGCGUAGGAACUAUUAUCUUAAAACCGCUGGUUUUGGACAAAUUCGCCUCGGCCAUCAUUAUCAAGGACCAGGAGGUCGUAGAAGGCGAUGGACUGGUCAAAGAGCUCAACUUGAACGUCACAGAAGAAACCGAAGUGUUGAUACUGUACAGCGAGGAGGUAGAGCACACUGACGCACUUGGAAAUGUCAAAUAUUUUGAUGGGGGCCCCGAAGAAGUUGAACAGCACCUGUUUUUUGAUCCACUGCGUAUGUCCUUGAUGUUCAACGCUAACAUGUGCUUUUCCACGUAA